AUGGUGGUGCCGACAGUCUCCUCCUUGGAGGCUGCAGAGAGCUGUGAUGUUUGCGAUUUGUUUGGUUCCUUGGGCGUCAGGUGGUGCUUUCAAGGAAGAGUGCUUGCUGGCAACAAUACCCUUGCCGACUAUGGGAUUGAUCAUUUGUCAUGUCUGGAAGUGUCGCCUUUGCUCAAGGGCGGUGGCGUCAUUGGCAAAGAGGCCAGAAACAAGCUGCUCGCCAUCUUGGAGAAACACGGCAAGUUUGAUCGUGCCAGACCUGCUAUCGACGAAUUGAUUCACAAGGUCGCCCCGGAUGCCCUCAAGAAGCUUGCUGAGGACAAGGCGACCACCUUUCGUGAUAUCAUUAAAGUUGCCAAUAGCUGCUCCCCGCCAGUGGCAUUGAGCUCCAAGUUUCGUCCGGACGAGCUCCCUCCCGCCGCCUCUGCUGGUGGGGGUAAGGGCAUGGGCAAAGCGACACGGGGGAGAUCUACGCCAGCUACUGCCGCGGCCCCGUUGAUGAUUGACGCUGCUGCGUUGCAUGAUCUCCAGGUGUUGUGUUCUUUGAAGAAGACGGUGGGGCCCCGGCCUUCGGGGGUCUUCCUCGCUGAUUGCAAGGACGCGGAGGCGCUACUCGACGACCUGGCUUUGGACCCGUGGCCUACCCCGUUGGUGGUACUUGUGGCUGGAGGCCAGCGUGAAAACCGUCGGCAUUGGACAGAUGUGGAGGCCUUGGCGAAGGGGGUUGAGACCUUUCUGCCCAUGCGCCAAGGUGAGCGAAAAUUCGUGCAGAAGCUGCUUGCAUUCCAGGCGGGUACGGGUGCUAUUGAGCUGCCUCAAACCACGGUUUUCGACAUUGGUGCGGAGAUGGAUUCUUUUCAGACUUGGUCCAUGCAAGUGCGCCAGUUCUGGGCGCCACCAGCCGUUUGGGAUGCCUGCGACAAGGCCCGACAGCCAACGGCCAAGCGGGCCGACAAAAAGGUCCCCUCUGCUAAGCUUAUCUCCGAGCUCCUGUUGACGAUCCUCCUCAAGAAGCUGGGUGAGGGACCGAAGCUGGAGAUUGAAGCUUGGAGUGGACGGGUCACGGGUAACAUUGCGGACUCCACUGGAUGCUUGGACACCCUCCUCCGCAUCCCCAGGGAGAUCGAGGAGCAGCUUCGCCGUACUUCUGGUGCUGAUGGUAUCUUCUUUGAGAAAAAGUUCGCAUCGGACCAGGCACGGGAGGAGGAGCGUGCGCUGCGGCCUCUCGUUGCCGUGACGGGUGCAACCUGGGAUCGUGAUCAAAUCCAGUCGGUCCUCAACACCACGACGGGUGCCGAAGGCUUUGAGGUUUGGGGAAAGCGCCUUAUGCUGAGGGUGGAUGCGGAGCAUGAACAGCAGGUGCGCAUCGACUUGACUGGUCGUUCGUCUGCCCCGUCUACCCGGAUCUGGAAGAUGACUGGUGUGCCUUUCAUGAAGCCCUGCCAAAUCCUCACCUUUUUGGCGGAUCGCGUCCUUUGGAAGGUCGAGGAAAUCGUCUCGGUUCGCCGCAAGGAGGUCACUUUGCGCGCAGAAUUGCCACCUCCUGAUGCCCACAAGUGUGGUGAUCAAAACCUAUGGUCUUUCGUCAUGGGCCAGGACCCGGUGAACAUCCACGAGGUGCUGCCGAAACAACGUCGACAGACCCCCGCUAAGCAGGUUGAGAUCCCAUUUUCUACUGGUACGACGCCGCCCUUGAAUGCAUGGAACAACCUGCUCACGCCGAUCGUGCGGCCAGCAGCUCUCGACCUCGAGGCUGAGCGAAUGCAGGAGGACGAAGACGACUUCAACUCGGAGAUCGCGGAUGUGAGGCCCCCUGCCGAUGCCGCUGCCCUUUUCCUUCGCACGCAGGCUUCUCCUGGGACUGCGGAACAUGCGCGACUGGAACGUGUCGCCCGCCAUUUCGCGGCGGAGGCUGAGCGCACCCUGGAGCGCAACCUUGACCGCGCCUUCGAUGAUAGAUUCUUGCAGUUUGAGCGCGCCAUGCAGGCCAAGCAAACUGAGUGGGAAGCCCUGCAGGAUGACAAGAUGAAAGCGCUCCGCACGGACUUCCAGGAUGCACAGACUGUUUUGCGUCAGGACCUGCAAAAAUCUCAGGCGGACUUGUACGCUCAGACACAGCAGGAGUUUGUUGCGGUUAAGGAUGAAGCCUCUGCUCGGCACAACGACCUCAUGCAACAGAUGACGGUGAUGAUGGGCCUUCUCCAGGCGCAGAAUACUGCUCCUGGUGAAAAAAGGGCGGCUCCUGAGGCCUUGCCAAAUCCGGCCGCGGCUGCCAAAUCUAAGGUUGGGCCGACUGCGGGAGCUUGA